CAUGAUGAACACACGAAGAAGUGAACCAAGAGAGAGAAUAAGAAAUGUUCUCUCUCCGCUUGUAUCCGCAAAAGGGCGGGAAGCAAACUCGGAGGUGAAUCGUCGCAAAUCAACAUCCACGACGGUGCCAACAGCAACGGCGACGAUGCAAAAGUCUACGGAGUCAAAGACACCAUCAACUAAAUACGACGGCGACAAUAUGACGGCGACAAUGCAAAGAGCUACAAUGACAGAGCCUAUGUCAUCAGGGGCGACAACGGCGACGACUUAUGAAAAUAUAAAAGAAAAUGUACAUACAGAUAUGAAAAGAAUUAAUCAAGUCGUGCGUCGGGAAGUCGCCAAAGAAAGGAAAAAAAUAAAAAGAGAAGAAUUUCUACGGCGAAAAGCGAAAUACACGACACGUAUUCCACCGAUACCUGCACCGCCUGUUUAUGUGGCACCAUCGCCAAUACCAACAUCGCUUUAUGUACCAACUUACGCACCAUUGACUUAUGCAGCGCCGUUUACAUGCGCACCACCGACUUAUGCAGCACCGGCUCACCCACAACCACCGCCUUACGCAGCACCGGCUUACCCACAACCACCGGCUUACGCAGCACCGGCUCACCCACAACCACCGCCUUACGCAGCACCGGCUUACCCACAACCACCGGCUUACGCAGCACCGGCUCACCCACAACCACUGCCUUACGGAACUCCAAACAUGGAUUCCAGAGCCAGAAGACUAAUUGCAAUAGUAAUACUCCUAAUAAUGCAGUUUCUUCAAACGUUCGGAAUAAUAGGAUACGAUUGUGGAUCAUCAUCGGCGAAUCUAACGACCUUAUCUUUAUUAAAUAUAGAAGAAGGACAUCCCUCAAAAACAAGUUAA